UUAGAAACUGCAGUACCUGUAGAUCAGCGUCCUGCCACGCAAUUGAAGGAACUCCGCGAAGCUCAACUCUAUUCUUGGGCAGUGCUGGAAACUCAGGCGUACCUGAAUAGAUUAGGUGUCCUGUUCCUGGGCUCCUUUGCGCUCUUGGGGGGGCCUAUUGCUUAUCAGACCUUCGAUCCCUUGAAACAGACAGCAGAGUUCUUCUUGAGUGGAGCAGUUGGUGCCGGUUUCGUGGUGUCGCUGGCUGUCCUGCGGAUAUACCUGGGCUGGAGCUAUGUGGGGGAUCGUUUGCUCUCCGCUGCUGUCGCAUAUGAAGAGACCGGAUGGUAUGAUGGACAGACAUUUGUCAAGCCACCCGAGGUCCUGACACGAGAUCGGUUGCUGGGCACUUAUGAAGUGAAGCCUGCUCUGUCACGCUUGAAGACCACCCUUCUCGGGACCGGGGGCGUUCUCUUGCUCAGCGGAUCUCUACUAUUUGGCUUGAUCGCCAGCAGUGCAGACACUGAUGGCGUCUACGGGAGGGGUGCUGCUAGGACCCCCCGGAUAGUCAGCAAUGAGGGCAUAAUCUACAGCAAAAAUGUGAAGAGCUUACAGGAUCUCAGAGGGGAUGACACAGCUGCAGCAGAGGAGGCUGAAGCGCAGGGGGGU